AUGUCGUUGGUAGUCGACCAGGUGCGCCGCAUAGACAGCCAGCUCGACCGGGUACAGCUGUCAACGACGCGAACCGGCGGCAGCUUUUCGACCCUUACCGCCGAAGAGGCUCAUGACCCGGCCAAGGCGGCACGCAUCGCACAGCUCCAGAACCUAAUCAAGUCAUUAUCCACAACAGCUUCGUCCAAGUCCGAUCUCGUCCCCGCAGGACGAAUCUUGGAGACACUGCAACGUGCAGAGAUAUCGAGUAGCUGCUCAACGUGCAAUCAAUGGUUUACGCAGGGCGAGGAUAACGGCUACAGCGAUGAGAAUACAAGGGCGGACGCGAGCUAUGAGCAUGAGCUGGAGUGGCUGCUGCUAAGCAAAGCGACGACGCAAGCCUACGGACAGGUGUUGAACACAAUUCUAGAGCAGACCAUUCCGCUCGAAGACGAUAUAUGGUACUGGGAUGAUAUCCUCUCGACAUAUCGCUUUGCCGGUCUAUAUUCGAUACAGACAUCGCCGCUCCGGGUGUGGAAGUGGUCGCAGGAAAUAUACCAUGACGUGCGGUCAAGAGGUGGUCAACUAGCCGACGGGUGGAGCCAGUUCUAUGGCUUGGUCAAGAAUGCUGUGCAGGAGCGAAGUAUUGCCAACAUCCAGCAGAGGGUGGUGAGCCCGCUGGCGCUGGUGAGGAAUGAGGGCAGAAAAAAGCGUGCAGCUUUACGCAAGAUACGGCUAAUCAAUGCCAAUGCACUUGGUGUGCUUUUGGGCGAGGGCUUGAGCAACGAGAGCUUCCAGGACGACGGCACACAAUCCCCCGGGCUCCUCAACACGCAAGACAGUAGCAGAAACAGGUGGAAGAGUACCGUUUCGAAAAGCAUCGCCCUCAUGGAUGCUGUCAUCCAGAGCGUUAACACAGCAGAAUUGUCCGUCGAUAAGUUCGACGAUUCAGUCGCCAGCAUAACUCAAGACGAUCAGUAUUACGAAUUGCAUGAGCCCACUGGUGAGCGAACGGCGACCACACUGAGACCGGGAGAUGUAGCAGAGCGUCUUGAGUAUCUACUCCGGCGUGCCUUACCCACUUACUCGACGAACUUCAACGCUGUCGUAAAGGAGAACGGACGGCCGUCGCGCCUCAUUCGGUAUUGGCUACCAGCAGCAGCACUCUUGAUCUCAUCGACUACUAUCUUACGCAUAUUCGUCAACCGAAAAGAAGAGAUCCUCAACUGGAUACGCGAAUUCGGACAAACAGUCAUUGACUUCUGGUCAAACUGGGUGAUCGAGCCUGCUAAGAAGGUCAUUGGCACCAUCCGCCAUGACGAGGACAGCGAGGUGUCCAUUAUGAGCAAACGCAGCCUGGAAGCCGACCGCGCGAGCCUCGAACGCAUGGUGGUUGACUUUGCUGUCAAGAAUCCUGAAGGUCCAGCGUUGAACGAUACACAGAUCGCUGAUAUCAGGGCCAAAGUCAGGGAGGGUGAUCUGACAACGGUGCUGAGAUCAUACGAGAGGGACAUUCAAAGCCCAGUCAAGGGCGCAAUUGUCGGCAACCUGGCCAGCGCUCUGCUGAUCCAGGUCCAGAAGACCAAAGUCGACGUGGAAGUUGCCAUGAGCGGCAUCGACAGCAUUCUCAAAAGCCAGGAGCUGCUGUUUGGAUUCAUUGGGCUCACGCCAGGUUUGCUUGUCAGCAUUGGCGCCUACAGAUGGCUACAAGGCGUCUUCAGCAGUCGCAAAGGCGUACAGAGGUGGGCGAAGCAAGGCCGCAUGCUACUCAUUCUGCGCAACAUUGACCGCAUACUCACGGGUGCGACGCCUACAGAGUUCGGCGAGAUAUCGUACAAGGACCAUGGCCUGCUCCUCUGUGAAGUGCAUCUACUGAGACAGGCUGCGAGCGAUAUUCUCCCGAGACGGAUAUUCCAUGAUUUCUUGGUGGAAAUAGAUGAGCUUGUCGAUGUUCGGAGUGGUCUUGAUCGGCAGCAAAAAGUGGUGGAGCGGAUUCGAUGGGCCUACUCGAAAUGGUUCACGAAUUACGACUUUCUUAUCAAACUGCUUCUCAUCGGCGAUUCAGGUGUAGGCAAGUCGUGCUGCUUACUACGCUUCAGCGAAGACUCGUUCACGCCCUCGUUCAUCACCACCAUUGGCAUCGACUUCAAGAUCCGGACCAUUGAGCUCGACGGCAAGCGCGUCAAGCUGCAGAUAUGGGAUACCGCAGGCCAGGAGAGGUUCAGGACGAUUACGACGGCGUAUUACAGGGGUGCCAUGGGCAUUCUGCUGGUUUAUGAUGUUACCGACGAGAGGAGCUUCAACAACAUCCGCACAUGGUUCUCCAACGUCGAACAACACGCUACCGAAGGCGUCAACAAGAUCCUCAUUGGCAAUAAGUGUGACUGGGAAGAGAAGCGCGCCGUCUCAACAGAGCAGGGCCAAGCCCUCGCAGACGAACUUGGUAUCCCAUUCCUCGAAGUUAGCGCCAAGAGCAACAUCAACGUGGACAAGGCCUUCUACUCGCUCGCGAGCGAUAUUAAGACGAGGUUGAUUGAUACCGCGCGGACGGACCAGACAGCGCAGCCAAAGGUGGAUGUUGGCGGGACGGAUGGAGGAAACGCGGGAAUGGGCGGAAAGUGCUGUUAG